GUGAGUGCGUCAGAGCACGGAAGUUGUCAUAAAGAGCUAAAAAGAGCUGCAGAGAGUGGUGCCGAUGUUAUAACUUGAAAAUAGGUCUCUCUGCUCGCUCGUGUGGCACUGAGCUGCGAGUGCUUCUCGGAUCUGAAGCUGUACAGACAGCAGGAGUCCUCCGGAGCGGAAGCAGCGACAUGGAGCGGUUUGGACAGGAGCGCGAGGAAAACACGCCCUGCGCGCGCACACACGAGCCCAGCGCGGAGAGCAUGGCGUCUAUGUGCCUGAGUCAGCAGCGCUGUGUGAAGGCCUCGAUCGCGUCGCAGUGGCAGCUGGCCGAGGCGCAGUAUCAGCUCUGUGGUUUGGAGCUGCACAGUUCUGAGUCAGCGGAGCAGGAGCGCGCCCGAGGCCUGGCCUCCUCCACAGAGCUCUCUCAGACCGAGCAGGAGUGGAGACAUAAAGAGAGCAUGCUGGGACGGAGCCCCACUCUGUGCCCGGAGGCCAGCCGAGAUGUGUUUGACAAGAGUAUAAUAAACAGUACACAGUCUUGGCCUAAUGAAUCCGAUCCUGAUAAGAACAUAAGCUUCAUCCAGCGUAAUGAAGAACUCUUGAAACAUUUUGGUAUGUUGAGGAGGUGGGAUGAUAGUCAGCGCUUUCUAGCAGAGUACCACCAUCUGAUCUGUGAAGAAGCGGCCGAUUACCUGAUCCUGUGGUGCUUCCGACUGCAGGCAGAGCAAAAAGAGGCCUUAAUGGAGCAGGUAGCUCAUCAGGCAGUCGUCAUGCAGUUUAUUCUGGAAAUGGCCCGCAACUCUCAGCAAGACCCACGAGGCUGUUUCCGUCAGUUCUUUCAGAAAGCCAAAGCAGGUCAGGAGGGAUACUUGGAUGUCUUCCACACAGAACUCAAUGCCUUUAAGCAGAGAGUUAAAGAGUAUACCAUGAAAUCAAAAGGAGAAACCCCAAAGGAUACAGUGCACCAAAAUACACCAGCAGGCUUUCGCCUCGACCCCAAGGAGGUGUUGGAGUCUUUGCCACUGGAUCUGAAAACAUGCAUCCAGAUGCAAGAUAUGCAGAUUCUUCAGAAGGUGCUAAGCAGCAUGAACCCGCAGAGAGCACAUGCUCUGAACCUGACACAGACGAGCUGAAUGAGAGCCAAAGGACACAGGAAGAAUUGCAUAACAGCUUUAAUCUGCAUUCAUCAGAGUCCAGGCUGACCUAUAAUCCCUCCUCCAGCCCUGCAGAUCAGCAUAAGGGAGGAUGUGCAGAAUAUAAUGUUCACCCAAAUAUUAAAAUUGUCAUUUAUUCACCCGCAUAUGGUUCCAAACUUGCAUGACUCAUUUUCUUCUGUAAAGCACAAAAUGAGAUGCUUUGUAGAAUGUUCAUGCUGCUCUUUUGCAGAUAACGAAACUAAAUGGGGACUUUAAAGCUCCAAAAUAAAAAAAAAAUAAAAACGAAUCAUAAAAGUUGACUGUACAAAUCCCUAAAUUACCGUUCAAAUAAAUUGGGGUCACUAAGAUCUUACUAUUUUAGAUUUUAUAGUUUUAUUCACCGAAGGCGCAUUCAAUUGAUCAAAAGUGGGAUUUAUAAUGUUACAAGAGAUUUCUGUUUGAAAAGAUUUCUCUUUUGAACUUUUAAUUCAUGAAGCAGUUAAAAAAAAAAAAAUUGCUACAACUUUGAACUGCUCAGCUAUUUUCAACAUCAUACAACUAAAUGUUUCUUGAGUAUCAGUAUAUUAGAGUGAUAUCUGAAGGAUCAUGUGACACUGAAGACUGGAGUAAAGAUGCUGAAAAAUCAGCUUUGCAUCGAAGAAAUAAAUUACAAUUUAAUAUUACAAUGGAAAACAGUUAUUUUAAAUUGUAAUAAUAUUUCACUAUAUUAUUGUCUGUACUUUCAAGUAAAUAAAUGCAAAUUAGUGUGCAGAAUUUAGUUAAUAUUACCAACAAUGUUACUGGGGAAAACACCUAAGAAAACAAUUAAAAUGUGAUUUUGGUCACCAUUCACUUUCAUUGUAUGAAAAAAGAGCAGCAUCAACAUUCUUCAAAGUUUCUUCUUUUGUGUUUCACGUGAGAAAGAAACUCACAGGUUUGGACUAAUGUGACUGAGUAAAUGGUGGCAGAAUUUACAUUUUUGGGUGAACUAUAUGCAUUUUUUUUCAUUCAUUUAUCAGUAUUCUGUUAGGUAUGCAGCUCACUUCCUGUUUCCUAAUACUGAUCUCUGUGCUGUAAAUGUCUUUUCCUGUUAUUUAUUAAUAUCCUCUUUCUCAC